UGCAGAUUCAUCAGUUCCUGUUCGGAGGGAUUCUGUAUGAGUGAACACACACUCGCACACCCAGACCGAGUGCAAGUGAAACACUCAGACAACCAGGCAGAAAACAGACACAUUGCACAACUGCAUUUGUUGGAUAUCUAUUUCUAUUGAUCGACCCUUCCUGCCUGGUUCGAGAUGGCGGUAAAUGUGACACAGAUGCGGGACACAAAGUGGCUGACGUUGGAGGUUUGUCGAGAAUUCCAGAGAGGAACCUGUUCACGACCGGACAGUGAGUGCAAGUUCGCCCACCCUGCCAAGAGCUGUCAAGUAGAAAACGGCAGAGUCAUUGCCUGUUUUGACUCACUCAAGGGCCGUUGUUCGAGGGAGAACUGUAAGUACCUGCAUCCUCCUCCCCACCUAAAGACCCAACUGGAGAUCAAUGGAAGGAACAACCUUAUCCAGCAGAAAAACAUGGCAAUGCUCGCCCAGCAGAUGCAGCUUGCCAAUGCCAUGAUGCCCGGCACACAGCUACAGCAAGUGCCCAUGUUUUCAGUCACACCCAGUCUUGCAACCAAUGUCAAUGCUGCUGCUGCAGCAGCCGCUGCGUUUAACCCUUACCUUGGCCCUGUUUCGCCUGGCCUGAUGCCCACUGACAUCUUGCCCAAUGGCUCCGUACUGGUCACCAGCAACCCCAAUGUAUCCAUACCAGCUGCUGCUGCUGCCGCACAGAAACUCAUGAGGACAGACAGACUGGAGGUGUGUCGGGAAUACCAGCGGGGUAACUGCUCACGUGGGGAGAACGACUGUCGCUUUGCCCACCCUUCAGAUAGUACGAUGAUCGACACCAACGACAACACAGUCACCGUGUGUAUGGACUACAUAAAGGGCCGCUGCACGAGGGAGAAGUGCAAGUACUUUCACCCUCCGGCUCACCUGCAGGCCAAGAUCAAAGCUGCCCAACACCAAGUUAACCAGGCAGCGGCUGCUGCAGCCAUGACUCAGUCGGCUGUCAAAUCACUGAAGCGACCCCUCAACGCAACUUUUGACCUGGGGCUCCCUCACAUCUUGCCUCCUUUACCAAAGAGACCUGCACUUGAAAAAUCCAAUGGUGCCACCACUAUGUUCAACGCUGGCAUGUUCCAGUACCACCAGGCCCUGGCCAACAUGCAGUUUCAGCAGCAGGCUGCCUUCAUACCGUCAGGCUCGAUUUUUUGCAUGACACCAGCAACAAGUAUUGUACCCAUGAUGCACGGUGCUACUCCAGUCACUAUGUCUGCAGCCAAUACAUCUCACACAAGUGUUCCCUUUGCAACCGCAACAACCAAUCAGAUUCCAAUGAUAUCUGCAGACCAUAUGACUAGUCACAAGUAUUUGACCCAGAUGUAGGAGUCCCAAUCAGAACAUCAGAUGGACUGGAGCGAGCUGGUGUCUAGUCCAAGAUAUCGCCUGCAAUACCAAGAGCAAAACAGAAAACCAAAUCUUGGUUUGUGAUAAAUCUGUAUGUUAACAUAGGAGGCAAAGUUGGUUAGGAUUAUUUUCACGUGUACUUCAUGCACACUAUUACACAACAGAAAAGACCAUAAUUUGCAUUAGAGACUGCCUUUCGAUCUGUGAAGGCAACUUACCUUUAUUCACCAGACACACUUUGAAUGUUAACAUGAGGUAAACGAGUGGAGCAGUCACCAGAAAAAUCGACUGGAUUGGUACGUCCAUUGACCAAGAACCAUGAUGUUUGUUUGUUCAUUGGUUUGCGGUCUCUGACCUAAAUGUGUUUAUAUGUUUACACAAAGGUGCACCUUGUAUUUCAUUUGACAUAAAAAAAAAUAACUUGACUGAAUCACAUAUGCAUGCACAACGAUUUUGUUUAUGAUUUUACUUUGUUAAAGGGAAAUUUCAUGAGUACCAUCAGAGGCAAACUAGCAACUGAAUGUCUGUAAGGUGUCUUUCAAACCAUUGUAGCCUACCUUUCUAUUUCUUAAAGACAUGUCUUUAACCUUGCAGGCAUCCCUGUAAAGUGCCAUACAUCUCAAACACAAAUGAAUGGUAUUAAAGCAGUUCUACAAAGUGUUAAACUCAUUAAUUUCCUUUAAGACGUCUAUUUUCUUUGUUGGACAGCAUGUGGUGUCCAAUGUUUUGACCUGUCGUUACCUGUGAUCCCGAUAGCACCACUGAUUAGAUGACCUUACCCAGAUGUCUGCUUUAAUCAAAUAUUCUACUGAAUGAAUAGCUUUUUCUUUUUUUUCUGCUUAGACUCUGUGGUUGAUGUCAGAUGUUUAGAAAGGAAAUGACUGGUUCAAUGCUGAGACAGAAUAUCAAAACGAGGCAACUGGUGAUGUAUUAAUAUGACCCGAUUUGUUUUUCAUUUCUAUGGUUAUGCAGAUUUUAAAUAAGAUAGUCAAAGAAGAUUAAGUGUAAUGUAUAUGUAGUUUGACAUAUUUAAGUAUAGGUGUUUAAUACGUUUACCUGAGAGCUGCUUUCAGAUAGUCAGCCAAAGUAUUUUUGUGUCACUGUUACUAGAGUGUGGGUAGACUAUUUUAAAAUGUGUGGGUAGCACAAGUGAGCCCAAAGUAGGAUCGGGGGUACAGAGUAUAUCUCUAGAGCUCUUUGUUUUGGUUGCGUUCUGGGUGUUCUUCAGGCAUAUUUAAUUGGUGGACAGUACAGGGAAAGUGGCAGGAAAAUAAACGAUUGUAUAACUCAUCCAAAGCCUUAGAAUGUACCAUCGGGUCAGCACAAUGCAACAUGCCAUUUUGAACCAUCCAGUUGCCUAAUCCACGCCAUACUGUAUUAACACACACAAAGCACUAUGUAAUUGUCACUUUUUGUCAGUGUUUUCUGAACUCUCUUGUGUUUUCAUUUAGAUGAGGAGUGUUUUACUUUUCUUUGUUUGGAUAGUACGUUGAUGUUUAGUUUGAAUUUAAGUUUUGCUCAUAUUUAUCUUUGAAUGAAUAUAAGGUUAAAAAAGUGUGUGUUUGUGUGUUCCUCAUGCACAUUUUCCUGAAAUUCCAUGUAAUGUUAAUUUUAGUAUCAUUAUGAUUGUAACUGAAUAUUUUCUACGUUAUGCAUAUUGUUGAACUGUAUGCAUAUUGUCAAUUUCUCUAGUCUGUUUGUGUUCUUUGAACAAAGAUGUUUUAUAUGAGUAUCCAACAGUGAUGAAAUAAUAGAACAGAGAGGCUAAGUUGUCACUGUGGCAACCAUCGCCGAUAACUGAGUAAUAUUUUAAAGAUUGUAAGGUUUGUAACUAGUCAUAUGAGAAAAAAAAGACUAUUAUAAUAAUCUAGUUCUUAGAUGUUUAGAGUAAAAAUGUUAUUUUCUACUGUAUCCAUUUCAAAUAGUAACUAUUGUUUUAAUAUUUUUACUCUCCCUGGAAAUUGGGCCAUGUUGGAAAACAAGCUGCAUAUCUGAUCACUUUUUGGGGGCAUCACUGGCGGGGUCAGGUUAACAUGGCGAGUAGGAAACUGAGUCUGCACACUCGUCUCUUACUGAGCCAUCUGCCAACAAGAAGGGUGGGUGGGGAAUCGUGAAGCGAUAAAGGUGUUAAAGGUUGACUUUUUUGCACUCUGUACAUAGUCAAAAAAGAGAGAAUCAUGUAUAUUGAGAUCUUAUUUUGAAUAAAAAAAUGAUGUCUAUAAUGACAAGGAAUUUUGCUAGGAUAAAAAAAAAAUGUUAUGAAAGGCUGAACAAAUUUGCUUGCAUCAAUUCGGGCACUGAGUUCAUACUCUCCGACCCGUUUCAGAAAAGGCCGAGUGUUGCUCUUCUUUUUCGUCAGCAGCUUGUAGUUUGCCAGGUAACCUUCCGGAGGAGGCGUCCACUACCCUCCAGCGUAAGGGCCUGACUGGGUGGGUCUGGUCCCCUAACCUGCCUGCACUGACAGGUCUGUGUUUCAUGGCCAGGCCCAACCAAUCACAACACGUCCUGUCUCCUUACUUUACACCGAGAGGAAUGCAUGUUAAAGGAAAUACAUAUUCCGUAAAAAAAAAAAUCACAACAGUAAUAUUGAAUAAGAAAACGUGUUACACAGAAAUAUGUAUUUAAAGUAUACAAUAUUCUAUCAAUGUAAUUGAAUAAAAUAUAUAUAAAAAUACAACAAUAGAGUAGUGGUUUAUUUAAGAACGAAAAAAAAAAAGAUUUCUUAAAAUAUACUCACUACAGUUUUACCACUUGGAGAGUACAUGCAACACAAACACCAUAGCUAUAAGUUUGUUCUUUAUGUUUCUGUAAGCUGUGCUUAUAGUAGAUGAAACUGAUCAAACAGGGAAUGUAGUUCAGGCAGAAUUUAUGAAUCAUUUCAGAUUGAAAUACUGUUUUUUGGUUUGGUCAUUAAGUCGUUAGUUUCAAAUUGUGUCCUGAUCAUCUUUGUCAUCUAUCAUCUCCUACAAGCACGCAUGCUUACGUUUAUGAUACAAUAUAAACUUUUUUCCUUUCUUGUUUGUUUUUCUGCUUGUAGUGCUAAUAUGAUGUAUUCUGUCUUCUGCUGCAGUUUGUUUCUGCUUGGUUUCCUGCUCCAGGCCCCCUGAAAGGAUAUUUCAUGAUUGUAUACCGGCCACCCCUUCAAAAAGAGACUGCAGAGAAAACGCUGAUUGUCAUAGUCUAAAGCCAUAAAUAUAAUCUCAUCACAAUGGAAUGUGUUUGAAGAAACCAGGAGUUACAUGGAGGUGGGAAACGGUAUUUCUGAAGCUGGUCGGUGUUUGCUGGGGUUUUUAUUACCUUCAACAUCAUGUCUGAUGUUUCCAAAUCUGAAGUCAUGAACGUAGCUAAUAUGACCUGGGGUGUGGCUACUUUGAUGGAAAUGUGUACUUUAGAGAAAAAAUAUCUUGUCAAUUCUUUCACGGGGCCUGCAUUGCUAUUUUCUUGCUGUUAUGAAUCAAAUGUAAUAAAAAUGUACAAAUGAAGAAGAA